AAGUGGUGGUGAGGAGGCUGAUGGAGAUGCAGCAGCUGCCCCGCCAGCAGCAACAACAGCAGGGGCAGCAGUCGCAUUUCGGAGCAUCAGAGGAUGAGGAUUUAGAGCAGAAACAGCAACAACCACAUAACCAACCACAACAACCACACCAACCGCGGCGCCAAUAUCAUCAACACCAACAAGAACGACAACAUCUCAAGGAUGCGGAAAUGAUGACCGAUAGGACAAGCGAGAAGCAACAGCAGCAAGAACACCACCAGCAAAAACAAUCAGAAGAUACGGAUAAACAACUAACCAACGAUCAAGACGUAGACGAUGGGGAGAAUGACCAGGAGGAAGUUGAAGAUGAGGACGAAGACGAGGACGAUGAUGAUGGCACCAUUGUGGAGGACAGCGAUGCCACCAGCUGCAGCAGUUGUCGACGAGCCGAACUGGAGGAUAAUCAGCAAGAACAGCCGCCGACGUCAUCUCCCCAAAAGGAUCGGGAACAAGUCACAUAGGGCCAUCUUCUUCCACAAAAUGAAGAGAGGCUGCACACGAGCACUUCAUUUUAGCUUGUCCAUCGGCUGCAAACAACACCGAUUGGUUGGUGGUAAAGAUUACAUCAUAUGCUCAGCAAAUAUAACUGAACAAGCGGAAAAAUGUUAAAUAAGAAAGCGCUACUAGAACACACAAUACACAUACAUACACUAGAAGAAACAGAGGAACUUGUUUACAAGCACGAACCAACGAUGUUUAGUUUCGAAAUCACCAUUUCCCAUCCUAAACCUCAGCAUGUUGAUAAUAUAGUUUAGAAUAAGCAAUUGGUUACCAUUUGGAUUCGCAUUCGCUCCCCAUGAUUCAAACAUCUGUUGAAAUAUACGUUUAAUAAUUUCUUUGCAAAUGUUUUAUGUGCUGGAGCAUUGCUUGGACUUAUAAUUUACGUAUAAAACCUGCGCAAUUAAACAAUUGUUAACAAGAAAAGGACCAAGAACCAUGUGUUAUAUUAUUUAUGUUUAUUAUUUUACCUUUUUUAUUUUCAAUCCAAUUUCGUUGGCGCUUAGCAGAGGCAAGAACCAGACACACACACACACGUACACAUAGCACAGGCAACAACCACCACUACAACCGAACGAGUAAAGUAAAGAAAAAAACUGAAUAUUUAACAAAAUUGUAAGGAAAACUCACAUAUUUUUCUGUCGGAUGGAUUAUUUAUGUGUAUUGAACUCUCAACACUUGUAAUCGGAAACCAAGCAGAAAGUAUAUAUAAAAAAUAGUAUAAUGUGAAAUUUGCACACACACCAUACUCACUCACACACACAGACGCUCUCUGCACACCUAAUGGGUACACAGAGAAAAAUAUCUUGAAAUUGGCAUGCUUCUCCCAAAAAAACAAUGGUAUCCAUAACUUGAAUCGGUUUUUUGAAUUGUCAAAAAUACGCAGUUUUAAAAAUUGCAUUUGUUAGGUUUUUUGUACCGAAAAUGUUAUAUUUUUAUCUGAAUGAAGACCUUAUCUUGCAACAUAUGUAGCUAUUAUAAAUGAUUCGAAGUUUA